CUGAGUGAAGACGUGGGCUCACGCAGGUGUCCAUGGACAGUCAGUACGAGCUGGAUGUUUUAAUAUUUCCAGAUGAGGUGAGAGUCGCUACACCAGAGGACCUGAGAGAAUGGGAACUGGAGACUGCCAGCCAGGUCUCUAUCCCGACUGUCCGUCUGUUUGUGGCGCUGUACCCGUACAACCCUGCAGCAAUGUCCCCAAACCACGAGGCUGCUGCAGAGGAACUGCCGUUUGUCCCAGGGCAGAUCAUCAAGGUUUUAGGCGAUAAAGACUCUGAUGGUUUCUAUCGUGGUGAGUCUGGAGGCCUCUCUGGGUUCGUACCUAGUAACAUGGUGGCUGAAGUGCCAGUGGACGAUGACUACCUGAAGCACCUCCUCCUGCAGCAGGGGUUCAUUCCUGUCGACCACGCAGGUAUGGCGUUGACUCCUGAACUGAGCAGUAGUGUGGUAAGUGUUCCUGAAGAGUUGGUGGUGCGACGAAUGGUGGCCUUAUUUGACUAUGAUCCUUGGGAAAGUUCACCGAAUAUUGACAGUGAAGUAGAACUAGGCUUUCGAUCAGGGGACAUCAUUUAUGUGUUGGGUGAAAUGGAUCAAGAUGGCUUCUAUUAUGGUGAUCUACACGGAAGAAGAGGUUUGGUCCCAUCCAACUACCUACAGCCGCUGCCAUGGGAUUAGAGAUCCUCAGUUUAGGUGAAGUGCUACUUGGGCCAAGUCUUUUUUU